UCAAAAUUCGCAUGCCUUUUGUGGCUCUCAAAAAGAACCCUCGUGUCGACCAAGUGACCAGGUGGUGGUAACAGCGUUCCCCUUGCCUCCCCGGAUCUUCCUCCUCCAUGACUUCGCGUUGCACGUCACUCCUGCUCCAGUCUCAACGAGUGGCAUCGCUCUCGGCUCGUCGGUCGUCGCCACUGCUACAGUCCGCGCGAUGGUUGCAUGAGCCCAGCGUCACGUUCGACUCCGCGAAACUCAACGGGAACGGCAGCGAAGCCUCCUCCCCGGCACCGCGGAGAGCUUCAAAGCGCACUAGUGAACGACGGAAGCGGUCAACGCCAGCAGCGCGUGCAGCCACAGCUGCCAAAGCCUCUGCUUCGACAAGUUCGACCCAGACGCAAGCUGCGGAUAAGGAGGAAGGCAAGAAGCGUCCGCUGAUGUCCUCCUUCAAGGACGGGAAGCCGUGGAUCACGGUCAUGGGACUUGGUGGAGCUGGAAGCAAUGCUGUCAACAACAUGAUCGCGUCGCAGCUUGAAGGUGUCGAGUUUAUUGUGGCCAACACUGACUGCCAGGCUUUGGGACGCUCGUUGGCGCCGCAUAAAAUCACGUUGGGCAAAGAUAUCACCAAGGGACUGGGAGCUGGAUCCAAACCCGAGCUUGGCAAACGCUCUGCGGAACAGCAGAAAAGUGAAAUCCAGCAGAUGCUACAGGACAGCAACAUGUUGUUUAUUACUGGCGGAAUGGGUGGAGGAACCUGCACAGGAGCAGCUCCUGUCGUAGCCAGUGUAGCCAGGGAGUUAGGCAUCCUAACGGUUGGGGUGGUAAGCACCCCGUUUCGAUCCGAAGGACCCAACCGUACUCGACUGGCCAAUGCUGGCGUAAAAGAACUGGCCAAGUACGUCGACACUUUAAUUGUCGUGCCCAACCAGAACUUAUUGGCUCUGGCAGACAAGAGUACCACCAUGUUGGAAGCCUUCCGGUAUGCGGACGAUGUGCUACUGGAAGGAGUUAAGGGUGUCACGGAUUUGAUCGUUCGACCGGGACUUAUCAAUCUGGACUUUGCCGACAUCAAGACGAUUCUAUCGAAUGCAGGUCGUGCCAUUAUGGGCUCAGGUAUCUCAAGCGAGGAGGGUCGUGCUCGGAAAGCAGCCGAACAGGCUCUAGUGAACCCGCUGCUUGGUGACCUUCCCACCGAGUCCGCGCAUGGUCUGCUAGUCACUAUUCGCGGUGGAGAGGACAUGACUUUGUUCGAAGUGGAUGAAAUCAUGGAGAUCAUCCGCAGCCGUGUACACGACGAAGCCAACAUCAUCUUCGGCACAUGCUACGAUCAGUCUCUGGAGGGCUCUGUGUAUGUGUCCAUUAUCGUUAGUGGCAUCCAGACCGACGUCAUCUCUCCGCCUAUUGGAGGUGCCCAUGUUCCGUUGCAGGAAACCAAUAAACGCGCUGAGACUGGGGAAUUCGUUGUCAAGCCCAAGCCGGAUGAAGAAGAUAAGCCAACCGAACAACGCAAGGGAUUGUUUGGUCGCUUUUUCUCGCUUUAAAGAUGGAGUUUUUCAAAGAAUAUUUGAAUGAAAUUGAUGCCAAAAACAGGUGAGAAAAGAGCAAGUGAGCUCAAAUCGUGAUGUUAUUUAAUCUCUCAGUUGGAGAGCUCCGCAAUAGCGCCCUGAAGCUGAGUGCGAGCGUAUUGCAAC